AAAACAAAAAAGGAUACAACACUUUCCUGCACCUAAACCUGCUUCACUUCACUACGUUAAGAUCAGUGUUUGAAAAAUUUAUCCAAUAUAAAGUUCCUUCAAAAAUCAAGUGAUGUCUGAAAAAUAAGAAAAAUACCUAUUAACUAAAAAGAAGUUCAAGUAUUCUUAAAAAAAUUUUUAUAAAACUUGCCAGCCUCAACUAAAGAAGAGAAAUAGAAACUUCUGCUACAAGUUCUUGCAACUGUAUAAUGAACAAGAGCCGCACCUUUAACUUCACUAGGAUUGUUCAGCACGAAAACCAGAAAAAUGAAGUUUUCCCAAUUCAAAAUCUCAUCACGUGUGUUAAACUCUACGGCGAGCACACUCUUAGUCAUAGGCUUUAUUGUGAUAAUAUCCCUACCAACACCUGCCCACACACAACCUGUUACACUGCAUGCGCGAAAUGUACCGCACCAGCGUUACUGUAGUUUAUCGUUAUUUGAGGCCAUCAAGGUGAUAUGUAACGGACGUUACAAUUCUCUCUCAAAUAAUUAUCCCGAAAGUUUUGGCAAUCAAAAUCGUGCCAGUCUUUUGAAACGUUUGGUACCGGAUGACGAUGUCAUAUACCGACCCUCAUUUGGUGGCCCAGUACAUGAAUGCUGUCGCCGUCCCUGUGGCUAUUCAGAACUGCAGCAAUAUUGUGCGGAUUAAUUAAUUUAGUUUCCCCAACCCCUCGCCCUCUAAAAUAUAUAUGAUUUUUUUUCAUAAUUUAAGACCAUUCAUUAAGGUUUAAACGAUUCAUUCAUUCAUUCAUUAUUCAAUCAUGUCAUAGGUUUACCAUAUUCCUAGCCACCAGCUUCUUUGUAUUACGGAAUAUAUAGGCAUACUUUUCUGUUUAUGUCUCACAAUGCAUUCUUUCACAGUUCAUUUAGGCUGUUUAAAGUUUAAGUUCCAUUAUGUGCUUAUUUAAGUUUUAGAUUAUUACGUAUGUAUGUUUUCUUUUUUUUUUUUUGUUAAUUUUCUAACACUUUAGGUUGUCUGUCUGUUGUCAUAUACAUAUAUAUGUCUUGCUAUUUUUCGUGUAUUUUUAAAUAUAUUUUUUUAGUAAAAUGUUGUUAGCAAAUUUUUAUUUUAAAAAUGGC